AUGACAUCUCAUGUAUAUACUGAUCCCUCAAAGGCAUCAAAAGCCUUGGAUAAUCUGGAAUCUAAGAUGGAAGAGAUGGAAAAAAGCAAUAAAAGUAAUGCAGCGAUUGUCAUGGGGGAUGUUAUUGGUCUUCUUCAUGUACAAGCCAAGAACACAGAAACCAAAGACAUCAACAUAUGCUACUCUUCAAAUCAUACCAUGGUUGUUGAGAGUCAAAGUGUCCAAAAUACAAACUGUUCCUGGUCUAUAAAGAUUUCCAAGGAGGCUUUUGAUAAAUCACGUCUUGAAAACAAUGGAAGUGCAUUUGUUGGAGUUCUACGGUUCAAAAACAUAGGAAACAAGAAUGAAAACGAUAUUCACACUGUUUUGAACAAUGAAGUUUAUGGAAUAACUAUGAGGGCAAAAAUCUCCAACCUUACCGACAACAUUGACAUGUCCUUUACACAUAACGAUAAGAACGGUAAUGUGUCCUGUGUUUCUUGGGAUGGCAAAGGAAGACUCAAUUGGACGACGUUCGGCUGUAAGACAGAAAUCAACAACAACUCCAUAAAGUGCUCCUGCUCACAUCUGACGUUCUUUGCCGUGUUGAUGUUUUUGCCAGAUGCAAAUGUCACAGCACCACAUCUGGAAUCAUUGACUUUAAUCUCUUCAAUCGGCUGCGGCAUCUCCAUGUUUUUUAUGGCCGUCACUUUAUUCAUGCAUUUCCUGCUACGUAUUAAAGUUCAGGUUACUUUUUGUGUUUCUUCAAUUAAAUCAGUUUAUGUGUUUUCAGUGUGUCCCGCUCCGAUAGUCGUAGCUAUUGCUUCUAUAGGAGGAUAUGAAGCAGUGACCCUAAACACUACGUCUGGAAAAAUUGCACGAAUGUGCUGGACUACAAAUCCUUACAUUCACUACAUAGUGAACAUCGGCUACUACGCUUUAGUUUUCGUCUUCACGACAGGAGUCUUCAUCAUGAUCGUCACUAAGGUCGUUCAGGCCAGAAACAUAAAAGCAGUUGACGGCAAGAGAAAGACGUUCAGAAAGCAGCUGAUGAUGGUGUUGAGUUUGUUCCUGCUCUUCGGUCUGACGUGGUCUGUGGCGUUCUUCAGUUAUGGACCGAUGCUCAUUCCCUCAUAUUACAUAUUCACUGUGCUGAACUCAUUACAGGGGUUUUUCCUCUUCCUGUAUUACUACCACAUUCACAAUGACGUUGAGGGUAAUUUCUCAGAUGAUCCAGAAAGCACCGACUCCACUGUUUAAUCAAGCAUUAAUGCUGUAGAAAACAUUUCUAACUAGCAUAAUUAAGACAGAAGACUUCCUUUGUCUCAGACUUUCUUACACUGAUUUCUUAAACUGAUCUGUACAGUUAUUGUUUGAGGGGAAACUGUGUAUUCUCACCUAAAUCAAGCUCAGAGACACAAGUCACUUAACCAGAAGGAAUUGUUAAAAAUGAUGCAUGCACAUAAAAUUAUGACCUUAAAAAAGGGAAUGAAACAUA